AUGCUUCAAUUACCACUAAUGGUGGUCCGGUUUGAGCAAGAACAAGCUCAACAACGAUCAACACGUCCUAAAAAAGCUACAUCUGUAGCCAAUGAAAAUAUUUUAAUUCAAGCUAAACAAGAAUAUUUAGAUGGUCGUUUAGAUCUUGAAGGUUAUCAAAAGCGAUUACGUUCACUUUGUUAUCGCUAUAUCAAUGUAUUCGAUACAUAUGACAAGGAUGAUCUUGAUUAUGAACCUAAACAAAAUUAG